CUCCACCCCUUUCGUUGCAGCCAUGAUGUCUAAUGAGCCAAAGGUGAAAAUCAUGACCUUCCACCCAACCAUGGAAGAAUUUAAAGAUUUCAACAAAUAUAUUGGUUACAUGGAAUCCCAAGGUGCACACCGAACUGGCCUGGCUAAGGUCGUUCCACCCAAGGAAUGGAAAGCCAGACAGACCUAUGAUGAUGUCAAUGACAUGGUAAUAGCCACCCCCCUCCAGCAGGUGGCGUCGGGGCGAGCAGGCGUGUUCAUCCAAUACCACAAGAAGAAGAGGGCCAUGACAGUGGGGGAAUACCGCCUGCUGGCCAACAGUGGACAGUAUCAGACCCCACCACACGUGGAUUUCGAGGAUCUGGAGCGGAAAUACUGGAAAACGCGCCUGUACGAUUCGCCCAUCUACGGCGCUGACAUCAACGGGUCCCUCUUUGAUGCCAGCACUAAGCAGUGGAACCUUGGCCACCUGGGAACCAUCCAGGACCUGCUGGAGCAGGAGUGCGGGCUCGUGAUCGAAGGCGUGAACACGCCCUACCUGUACUUUGGCAUGUGGAAGACCACGUUCGCCUGGCACACGGAGGACAUGGACCUUUACAGCAUCAACUACCUGCACUUCGGGGAGCCCAAGACGUGGUACGCGGUGCCCCCCGAGCAUGGCCAGCGGCUGGAGCGCCUGGCCAGGGAGCUGUUCCCGGGCAGCUCCCGGAGCUGCGAGGCCUUCCUGCGGCACAAGGUGGCCCUCAUCUCGCCCACUGUCCUCAGGGAGAACGGGGUCCCGUUCAGUCGCAUCACCCAGGAGGCUGGCGAGUUCAUGGUGACGUUUCCCUAUGGCUACCACGCCGGCUUCAACCACGGCUUCAACUGCGCGGAGGCUAUCAACUUUGCCACCCCGCGCUGGGUGGACUACGGCAAGGUGGCCUCUCAGUGCAGCUGCGGGGAGGCCCGGGUGAGCUUCUCCAUGGACGUGUUUGUGCGCAUCCUGCAGCCCGAGCGCUAUGAGCUGUGGAAGCGCGGGGAGGACCGCGCUGGCGUGGACCACGUGGAGGCCAGGGCGCCGGGCAGCCAGGAGCUGAGCGCCUUGAGGGAGAGCCGGGCGGCCUGCAGGUCAGCGCUGGGCCUGAUGUAUCUGAAGCCCCUUCGGGCCAUGCACACCCCUCGAUUAGUGCACAGGGGUCUUGGGUCCCAUUGUGGCCGCACCCCUUUGCACCAGCCAUCCCUGGGCCCCUGGCCAGCCCCGGGUUCUGCCUCCACUGCCCAGCACGCAGCCUUCUGCUCCGUGAAGCCCGACCCAUCAUCCUCACAGCCAACAUCCAGCCCAUCUGCCCAGGAUCUCCAGCCAACUGGCACACGUGGUCGUGGUCUAGGUCGAGGUCCAGGUCAUCAUCGUUUUCGUCCUAGGGAACAAGGGACUCAAGUGUCGAUUGUUCAGGCCCCGGCUAAGAGGCGCCGCCUGGGGGACGCUGUGCGCACAGCGCCGGAUCCCCAAGUCCAGCCUGUGCCUGAGGACAAACCUUCCAUGGACAGCCAGCAUCCUGUGUGGGCUUCAGGGUGCUGUUGUGCCCCUGACCUUCAACCCUUGGGGCCCCCAUUGGAUCCCGAUGAACCCAUGCACCCUGGCCCGUGCCUCCUCUCUAUGGACAGGAUUCCAGUCACUUUUUCUGACAUUGUCCCACCAACUCCUUGCUGUGUCACUGACGUUGUAAGGAUGGACCACUCUUAUAGCAAAAUCUCCUGGACUCCUGACUGUGACUCCCUGGAGCUAAAGCUAGAGGCAGCUGCCUCUCUGGGGUCCUGGGACACGCUCCCUGCCAAUGGGUGGUCUUCCAUCUUUGAGCCCAUCACUGAUGAAGAUUUAGCCAAAUAUGGCUGUAUCUGA